AUGGGGAGAGCGCAGAUGAAGAUGAUGAAAGCAUGGAACCUGGUUCGUGUAGCAUUGCUAUGGGCGAGAAAGGGGGGAGUGUUUAAGAACAGGCUGUUGAUGUUCAAGGAUCUUCCCAAGUGCGUUAAGAGCCUCCACGAUCAUCGUCACUCCGGCGCCGCCUACGUGCACCGCCGCCGUGAUCCCUGCGCCCUACAUUACGGCGAGCGCCAGUUCUCGUUUGACGACACCCCUAUCAUCCACGUCAAGAUGCACCGCCCUGCUUCCUUGCGAUUCAGGAUGCCUCACAUCCCCUGCAUAAACCCUCCUGUCGAUUUCGAUUUCGAUUUCGAUUUUGACGGCCGUAGCAACGCUGAUGCCGAUGAUCAAAUCGCGUUCUCUGAUGAAUACGAUAAUAAUGCGGAUGAUGAUCAUCAGUGCUGCGACGAUGACGACGGCGGCGAAGAAAUUGAUACCAAGGCGGAGCAGUUCAUAGCUAAGUUCUACGAGCAAAUUAAGCUGCAAAGACAGAUAUCAUAUCUACGCUAUAAUGAAAUGCUUGCCGGAGGAGCCAAUUGA